AUGUCUUCAAUUGGCAAAAUCAAUGGCUCUAUUUUCGGGGCAACGCAAGAAACGACAUUGGCACUCGCCAACCUUAACUUUGACUUUGCCCUAUACAAAGUCGAAGCCCCUGCUGAAUAUCAAGCCUUGGGUAAAUGCCUCACAAAAAAUCGUCUAAACGCGGCCGAAAGCGGCAACGAGCAUAUAUUCGCGCGCAAGCUUGCUGCCCUAUUCUCACAAGCCCUUCCACCCACCCCUAACUUGGUACGGAUAUAUGGAAACAGGGCAUCGGAGAUCGUACAAGAGGUAUCGAAUGACACGGCAAAAGGGUCCAAUAACAGGGGCUUGUUCAGUAACUGGCUUGGACCUGACGCAACGAGCAUAUGGGCUGCUGCGACUUCUGGUUCUGGUGCCAUCUCGGCUCACCUCCUUGCGUGUAUGUUGGCAAGGAUCUGGAGCCCAUCGGAGGCCGUGGCUAUUUGGAAGGAGAUAAUCCAGGCCAGGAAAGAUAUACUAUCUAAGAUUGACGUGUCGGACCCGAUGAAACCUGCGGCGCACUUCGCGGCCCAGAUAGACCUCACAGAGUCUCAAAUUUCUGGCUGGGAUAGCAGCGCACGAGCUUGGCUUGAAGUUGCUGAUAAGUCAAAGCUUCGUCAACAGAAGCAGCUUCUCCUACUCAUUGAGAACGCCGGAAUACCAAUCAAUGAUGAGUCCGACACCUACACUAGUGUUCUCAAAGCAUGGACAACUGCACUCACCGCGAUGGAAAACAUUGCAAGCGGUAUACCUCAAAGCAUCAAGGAUGGAUCUGCUCUGCUUGCUCUGAGCUCUUGGCAUCUAUACCCCGACAUGUUUGUACUGGGCGCCGGACCCGAUCCCGUUAUUCAGAAUGAUCCAUUGGUGCCUGUUGGUGGGAUGGUUACCCUUGGACAGACGAGUUACUCUGCUCGCUCAGACGAUAGACCAUUCUGGUCACUCCCCCUCGCCUACCUCAAAUAUUACGGAGAUCCUGUUACGACAUCCAGGAUUUUUGGAGAUCAUGCGUCACGACUCUCCAUCUCAGAGUUCAACUAUGUUGUUUUCGGCUCUAUUCUCUCCAAUUGGGGAGUCUACGGCAAAAACAUUUCCAUGGCGGCAGAAUUCUUUGUUGUUCUCGAUGAGUUUCUAUUACGGAACAGUUGCUAUGAUCUCAAGGGACACGAGAGCUGGACAAGAAUGCUUUCGAAGACUGCUCAGAGGUACUUGUCAGCUUCUGAAAAUGAGAAAAAGUUCAUCGAAUGCCUCGUCAUGCGUGGCCACCGACGAUAUAAGAAUUUCCUCUCCAGCAUGAGUGAUCAAUGGCUCCCACUAUGGGGAUUGGCUCAUGCCGACACUAUGAUUAGCCUUGCAAAGGAUAGAGACACUGCGGUUGCCAUAUUGAGGCUGUUAGCAGAAAAUAUAGGCUGUACUGACCCUAAGUCUCUUCUCAUUCGUUAUGCUUGCCAAAAGGAAGAAGACCAUUUCACCAAGAAAGAUUACUCCAAGCAGGAUACUACCCCAGGGACACGCAUAUGGGAAUAUGCUUCGGCAAUAAAAAGCAGUGAAAACAGCAAAAAGAGGAAGCUUGACCCGUUGAUGGAUUUAUCUGGGCAUAUCAGGUGGAGCAGCGUGGAUGCAUCUUCUUGGUCUAAGGAUUCACACGGGGAAGAAUAUAAAGACGUCAAUGAUGUUAUCGCGAUGUCUAUAGGUGAUUCAGUGUUCAGGUGGCAAUCAAAUCCAGUGACACUUCCCCUUGGCAUUCGUCCUUUUGACACUCGUCCCCUUGAUAUUCUUCCCGUUAACUUUGAAAGCUUUGAUUCAGAGGUUGGAAGCUUUAAUUCAGAGAUUAAAGGCUUUGAUCCAGAGGUUGAAAGCUUUGUUCCAGAGUUUGAAAGCUUUGACUCAGAGGUUGAAAGCUUUGAUUCUGAAGAAAUCAGAUACGAAUGUAUCAUUGGGGAUCCUACGGACGCCGCACUUUUCAAGCGAGUUGACAGGAACAUUUCUGGUUCCUCAAUGCUUGAAAUUGAGCUAGUUCUCAACAUACUCCGUUGUGGUUGGCUUGAUAUAAACAAGAUGGUAGAGUUUCUGGAUUUUUCGGGUGAAUGUCAGCGAUCUAGAGUUCCUCAGAAUGUACAGUCCUUGAGAGCACUAGCAGCCGCUAUCAGUGUAUACGAGCUGAUGCCAGGAGCUACCAUUAGUACCGGUGUCUUUUCUUCGCCCCUAGAAGAGGCACUCUGGUUGCCAUCUGAGCCUGGAGAGGUGGACUCAGGGAUGAACUCAGAGAUUGAACUCAAAGAAAAGGGCUCUCUCUUUCAUAGGAGUUCUGUGAACCCCAAGGAUAUAUUCACUCAAGACCCCGGAACUCCAUUUUCCAACACAAGCUGGGGCUCCCAACAAGGCGAGGUCAAGUCACCAGAAGGCCCCCCAGAGCCGCGCGAUCGCAAAAUUAGAACGGUGGAGCUUAGUAGAGCCCAAGUCUUCGCUUGCAUUGCCAUGUUUGAAACUCGCAAUAUCAACUUGGACCCCCGCAGUUUGGAGCCAGUGAUGGCGAUUUCCACUGGGAACUCAUUAUACGUGGCGAUGCCACUAAUAAGCGAUCCGUUUGACUGUCCCGACCCAAGUGAGGUGAAGCAUGUGGUCGGCAACAUUGGAAGACCAGGCAUCAGCCUUAUGAUCCCCCCCGUUGUCCCAAUGGUUCGGAAGGUGGACGAAUCGCGGUGGGUUAUGAUCAAUCAUACCGACUUCGAUGGGUACCUCAGUGAUUCCUUCCAGCAUACAUCGCUGCAUCUUUCAUUCACACGUUACGAGUUGCCCGUAAUAUCUGAACAUGGCUAUCAAGGGGCUGAAGCCAGCUUUAUUGAGACAAUCGUAUCUAUUUUUGACCAUCAACCGGAAAAUCCUUGUGUAAUUCGAUCUGCCCGGAAUUGGAUCGGGCGCUUAUCAACAACUGCGCUGAGCGUACAGCAAGGAGCAAGGACGGUUAUUCUUAAGCAUGCUGAUCAGGUGUGCUGGGAGUGUCUUCUACAACGAUAUCAGAUGGACUCUAGUGAAAAGAGGGGGGAGGGGCAUUCACCCGGCGGCACCAAGACUGUGAUGCGUAACACUCGACGUCAACACUUCACCAAUUCAACUCCCAUUAGCAACUUACCACCAUAUCUACUUUCUGGGCCUAGUUUGCUAAGAUUAGCCAGCAAGAUGCCCGUCACGCAGAUUCUCUUGCUUCGGCAUGGAGACCGGCAGCCGUGGUCAUUAAACCCCGCAACGGGCGAAUACUCUUCCCGCGAGCCUUUUCCCACGGGCUUGCCGGCUGACCCUCCACUUGCCCCCGGAGGUGUUUCCCAGUCAAAAGAAACGGCAAAGCACCUCAGUAGCUACCUGAAAGAGCACGCUGACCAAGGCCGGCUGCGCAUCUACUCCAGUCUCUUCUACCGCUGCCUGGAGACACUGCGGCCUUCCGUGGUUGCGCUCAGAGACACCGUGGGCGAUUCAUCAGUUGCUUUGGAUAAACUUCAAGUCAGGGGAGAGACGGGGAUUGGGGAGUGGUUCGGCCGUGCAUGGUUUGUCCAACCGAGACCGGGAGAUGCAGCCCAGCUGGGCAAGUUCUUCCCCUGGGUAGACGAAAACUAUAAGCCCAAGUUGACACCAGCGGACAAAGGGGAGAAGAUCCACGAACUGCAUGACCGGGUUGCAAAGGCAUUGGCAUUGGUGAUUGAGGAUGUUGACAACGAGUUUGUUGCAACUGGCAAGGGUGACCAAGAAGUCACUCUACUAUUUUGCAGCCAUGCAGCAGCCAUAAUUGCCAGCGGCAGAGCUUUGACGGGAAAUGUCCCUGCCGACUACGAUGAGAUAGAUUUUGGAUGUUUCACUUCUGGUAUCAGCAAAUUCGUGCGCAAGAAGGUCCCCGCUGCGGGUGAAGCAUACUUCAACGACGACUGGCGUAACAGCGGAGGCGUGGCUGGAGGAUGGGAUUGCGAGUUGAAUAGCGAUACUAGCCAUUUGUCUAGUGGUCCUCAGAAUGGAUGGCACUUCCAAGGCGAUCAGGCGUUUGACUCAUAUGAAGCAGCUUCAAAGAUGGGCGUAACGGAGUUGAGUGGCAGCAGGGAUCCGUGA